UAAAGGAGAAAUCCAAGUCAAAGAUAGAACAAGACACUUACCAAAGCCCAACGAGGUUGAAGUUGCAAUCAGAGCUACUGGAAUUUGCGGCUCUGACGUACAUUUCUGGAUUGAUGGUCGAAUGG